AUGGCAGACCAGGAAGACGGCCUUUACUCCUCAGAAUUUGAUGACGAAUUUAAAGACGACAUUGCAGUUUCACUUUUGCCCAGGGAAGGUGACGAACCUGAGAGGAAAGGAAUACUCCGGUGCUCCAAACUUAACCCAAGAAGGGCAGCCAUUAUUGUUGCUGUUUCAUUUGUGUUGCUUCUUGUUAUUGUGCUUCUCGCUGUUUACGUUCGGUCGAGUUCAACCAACAAGGCGCUUGAUCACCAGAAGAGCACUAUUUCAUUGAGGUUGCCAAGACAUCUAUUGCCGAUAGAAUAUCAUGUGUAUUUACAUCCUAAUCUGACAACUUUUAAAUUCUCUGGGAAAGUUGAUAUUUCUCUGUACUGCAAUGAAGCCGCUAACAAUAUUACACUUCACGCUGGAGAGAAACUUAAUUAUUCUAAUGUUCAAGUAUCGUUUGUUCCAGACGGGGAUGACAAGGAAAAAUCAAAACUUAUGGGAAUUUCGAAAAUCUCUCGACUUUCAGGUGAAAUGAUCUACAUUAAACUGAAUAGCAAAGUUGAACGAGGCAAGAAUUACUAUCUGUCCAUCGAAUUCCACUCUGAGUUGAAUAGAGGUCUGUCUGGGUUUUACCUGAGCACAUAUAAUUCCUCAUCGGGCGAAGUAAGGUGAGAAAUAUCUACUAAUUCUAUCCUCAAUUUAUUUAGAAUUAAUCUUAAUUUUGAAUCGGGAACAGUCUUUUGUUCAUGCACUCAGUCAGUUUUGAAAAGCCCUUUUGGCAGGUAAAGUACGCAUUAUAGUUCGGCUCCAUGCCGUAAAGAAAUUUGCAUACAGGAUGUUUUUCUGUGUCCACUUAUGAAAUAGUUUGUCACGCAAUCUUUUGUCUCAGAACUUGGGGCACAUUUGGUCUGUUCCAAACUGUGCGGGUGACACAGUACUGAGUGUGAUAGGAUUGUUUCCGUGAUAGGUGUAAAUCUCGUUCGGUUUAAGGCCGUUUUCUAAGCGGAGAGGGGCGGACUAAUACGUCGUUUCGAGCUUUAGUCCUUCGUCAUUCGCUCUGACGAAGGCUAACGCUCGAACCGUCAGCUUAAGAAUCUAUUUAUGGUGUCCAAUUUACAUCAUCAACUCAGAUGAUAAAACUAAACCAUCUUUUAUUAUUGGGUACAAACGUACCCCUUUUAAUACCCAUUGUGCUGACAAAUCGUUUGGUGCCUGGAGUUAAACCAUGUGUCUCGUAAAGCGUUUGCCCUCCAAACGACUCAAGGCCAAAAUUUGGUGAAAAAAAUAUGUACAGAGAUUCGUUUUAACACUAAACAUAUCUUUUUUCUUCUUGUAAAUCUACUUUUGUGGCAAAAAAAAUAUUUCUUCAGGAAACAAAUAGGAACGUACCAGGCACAAUAAAUCAAAUGAUCUUAACAUUCACUUUUGUAUCUGCCUCGGCUGCAAAAUUACUUAUCCUCGUAAAUAAGAGAUUGAAUAACGAAAUGCGGACACAGUCACUGAUGAGAAGUUUACUUGGUCGCAGUAACUGUGAUUACACGGAAAUGCCCCUUAGUUUCUGAUGCUCUCAGUUUUGAGAAUCACAGAUCCCUCCCAAAGCGAAGAGAAUGUAUCCUGUCUACGGAGUCAUGAGGAACAGCUGUUUUCACCAAGUUUCCCACGCUCUUAUUCUGCACGGUAAACAACGAAAAGGUGAUAAUGAUAGCUACGAGAAAUAACCUUCUAUUACUGAUCUAUUUUACUGCAUUUAGAUAUCUUGCCACGACUCAGUUCGAAGCAACCGACGCAAGAAAUGCCUUCCCUUGUUUUGAUGAACCUAACAUGAAAGCAAAUUUCACCAUUGUCAUGACGCGAGAAAAACGCCAUGUGGCCUUGGCAAACAUGCCGCUGGAUCACACUGAAGGGGUAAGUUUAGCUCUUUGAUUCACCAUUAAAAUAUUUUAUGCCGUAAGACACCAGUUAGCGGCGUGCUCUAAGGUUAUCGACUCUGACUAAUUGCGUAACAUAACGUCUGGUUUGGUCUGAGUUCUUGUGUUGCAGUGCUGUUAAGUAAGAAGACGCUGUACUCUCACAAUGUGUUUCUCCGCCCAGAAGUGUGGAUCCCGACGAACUGUUAGACACGAAUACUGUAUGAACACGUAUACUGUAAGAACUGUUAGGGGUAACAAUCAGUGGAAAAGGAGGGUUUCUGUAGAAAUACCCUUAGCCCCUCCCAUAAGAUAUAAGCCGGAAUUAACAUCAAGGGGAAUAUACCACCUACUUUACCAUUGAAAGUAUUUUCACCCUAGGGAGUGUGGGUUUUGAUCUGUUUUGGUCUAUAUAACAACCAUGAGAGCGCCCAUUAACUUAUCCCCUCUCGAGUUCUAAUUAAAGUGAAUGAAAAAGAAAGGAAAGUUACCAAAAUAUACUCUUCGAUCUUAAUUUUGGUUGAAUUCUACUAAUUCCUUUUUUCGACGCUGAUGUUAGUCCUAAUAUAGACGCACAACUUUGGAUAGCCAGAUCUGAAAGCGUGUUUGGAUUUUAAGGGCUAGUAAUGAAAACCUGCAUGGUAAAUAGCAUAAAUAGCAUUUUUCGGUUUGAAGAAGGGUCAGGAUUAAGAGAACUAGGCGGCAUGCCUCUAUUAAGAAUACACAGAAGUACCCUCUAGCCUCCCCCUCCUCCCUGGGGAUAAGCCCCGUCAGGUAACGUGGAACAUUUGGUUCGUGAGUCGAACUUCCCUCCUUUGGUUUGGGUGACGUCUUUGAUGUGAAGUUUGUCGUGUGAUAUUUAGAUUUGACUUUGCUGUAUGUUUCAGUGCAAUGACACGGUCAAACUUUGCACGGAUCACUUUCAACAAAGCGUGAAGAUGAGCACGUAUCUGGUGGCGUUUAUCGUUUGCGAUUUUAAAAGCAUCACGAGCAAAACUUCAAAAGGAGUUACUGUAAGUUACAACUCAGUCUACGUUUAUUUCAGACGUGUCCACAACAAUAAGUGAGAUAUAACACAUUAAGACAGGAAUGAAUAAUCUCUUACAUGAUUGUUCGAACACGCGUAUCUUAUUGAUGAACAUGUUUUAUUUAGGUCAGUGUGUGGGCCCCACCAGAGCAGAUUGAUCAAGGUCAAUUUGCUUUGGAAGUUGCUGUAAAGGUUCUGGAGUACUACGAAGACCUUUUUAAGGUGAAAUAUCCACUUCCAAAGCAAGGUAUUUACCACUCAUUGCAGUUAUUGCAAUUAUAGCGACAUAAAUAACCCGCUUUAGAAUUGAGUACUUUUUAUGUAAAAAUUUUGAUUGUGGUUUUCCUACCCUGUAAUAAAGGCAAAGCGAGUCUUCAGGGAGUGUACUAAAAUCUGCCGUUACCCUUACGCUCUAAAAGCUUUUUAUAUUUUUAACUGAAGUAUUUAAAUGUUAAAUGAGAAAAGAUUGUUGUUUUUUUUCUUGCGCAACAGAUCUUGUGGCUAUUCCUGACUUUGCCGCUGGUGCCAUGGAGAACUGGGGUUUGAUCACAUAUCGAUUGACGUCUCUGCUUUAUAAAAAGAACAAAUCUUCUGACUCAAACAAGGAAAGAGUAGCUGUGGUUGUUGCACACGAACUGGCUCAUCAGGUUCGUGUACUGGGAAAAGAUGUCUUUUGAGAUAAAUCAUAACCAGUACAGUUUCCUCAAAUGUGAUUGGUGCACUAACUAUUUUAUUUUCACUGAUUAUUUUUUAUAGUUGUAAUCGGACAGUGUAGUCGGACAGUGUAAUCGGACAGUGUAAUCGGACAGUUGGCUAUAAUCGGUCACCUGUAAUACGGCAGUUGAAGCAGCCAAUCAUUCUGAGGUAAUUUAGUAUUACCAACGAGUUGAUAACGUAAAAUUGGCCACCGUUAAAAGCUUUGAAAUUCUUAACGGUAGCCAAUUUACGUUAUCAAAUCGUUGAUAAUACUAAAUUACCCUGUUAUACUCUCUCACCGUCGCAGCACCACAGCUUCUUCAGAAACUUACCUCAUUCAGUCACACUUAGUCCAUUCAGCCAAAUCCAAUAAACACAGAAUUGAUCACAAUGACCAUAGCAGAAAUCAGUUAUCUUAAGAAUAACUGGGGAAUUUCCAAAAUGGAGAAAUUUUUAACUUUAGACAUUGUCUCCAUUGGAGAUACUAGUUCUAGGUGUGUUUAUUUUUCCGGAAAUUGUAAUAGUUAUGAUUAAUCGGGAACAGGACUGAGUGGAGUCCAAUUCUGUCUAUAAUCAUACUCGUAAUUAACAAAUUGGACUCCUGCUUCGCGGUCGUCCGAUUUUGUUAAUCGUUCUUAUGAUUACAGACCGAAUUGGACUCCACUCAGUCCUAUUACCAUUAUUCAUCAAACUUCUUUAUCGCAUGUGAUGUCUUCUUGGUUCGGUUGUUUGUUUAUACCUAAAAUAUCAACGGGGUUAAUAUGGUUGGUUUUUAGCUCACACGGAGAUACUGAUUACUGUUUUUAACACAUGUAACACGUUCUUUUUCAACUUACAGUGGUUUGGUAAUUUGGUAACUAUGGAAUGGUGGAAUGACCUGUGGCUUAACGAAGGAUUUGCCAGUUUCAUGGAAUUUAUGGGAGUAAACCAUACCCAACCAGACUGGAAAAUGAUGGAACUAUCCAUUUAUGAGAACUUCCAGGGAGCAAUGAGUGAAGACCAGCUCAGUAACUCUCACCCAAUAAUGGCUGAAGUGAAAGACCCAGCGCAAAUUAAUGCUCUCUUUGAUUCAAUUUCUUACGAUAAGGUAAGACACGCUUUAAAAUUGAGAAAUUAAAAUCUUCUUACGGUAAUUACAUAGGUGAAACUCCAGAACUUACAUACAGAAGCUUGCGUAGCUGUCGCGUGUUCAGCAUCACUAUGAGAUGCUUAGGGUUAGGGUUUAGGGUUAGAAUUAAUUUAAUUGGAUGUUUAAAAGUUCGUUUUUCAGCAGUGUGUGAAACGAAUCGGUCUAAUUCCUCGGUGAUAAAUCAUUUCAGUUGAUUGUUCCGUCAUUAAGCUGUCACAAGAAAAUCAGGGGCAAUUACUUAAGCGUGUACAAACAUUUUAUUUGGAACUUGUUGAUUUUUCAGGGCGCAGCCAUAAUCAGAAUGUUAGAAGAUGUUCUGGGAAGCGAAGUUUUUUUCCAAGGAUUACAAAAAUAUCUGAAGAAAUACAGCUAUAGCAACGCACAGACGAAUGAUCUUUGGCAGAGUCUUACUCAGGAAAGUAUCAGCAGUGAGGUGAAUUUAUCUUUCGAACGAACUGUUGCAGUCACUCCUUAAUAUUAUAUCUCUAUGAAUUGAAAAGGAAAGCAUUGUAAGGUUGAAGCCUGCGUCCAUACGUGGAAAUAGCCAUACUUUGUAUGUAUUAAUUUUCGUUCUGAAACUGAGAAUUUUAGCUCAUUGCUUAGUGCAAUAUAUAUCUCAGCAUUUAAGAGGAAAAGGACCCCCCCUAUUACUUAAUCAUUGCAGUGAAUAGAAUCGUCGGAAAUUUCUCUUCUAAUGAAAAAAAGGAUGAAUACCGUUUAACUGCUAGAGGGGCAACUAACCGACUUGUGGUUUUUAACCAGUUAAUUCGGUGCGAGUAUUGUUGGCGUUGAUUAUAGAGCUCGGGUGACAAGGCAGCACCGAUUUUCUCAAUAGAUGUGAUUUCCCUGUUACAUUGAUUUCCAAAAUCACUAGCAAGCUUAAAAUACUUCAACUGCAAAAUCGUAGAGACACUGAUAAAUACGAUAAAAAACACGUUAGUUUUAAGAGGGAUGAGAUAAGAUAAGAUAAUGUUUUUGAAAGUCAAAUACACGGGGAGUGGUCUCCCAAUCUCCCAAGCCCGACGCUCAUGAUGUGGGAUAUAAGUGUUUCUUUUUAAGGCUGGUUUCUACGCUUCUGGUCACUGAAUUUAACAUGCAUCCUGGGGAUUGCAACGAUUAUUAUAUGGAAACAGCCAGACCUUUUGAUUAAGAGCUUUCAGACAUGUUUUGAAGGAUUGAACUAAGGAUAAUGUGAGGACAUUCAUUCCAUGUGUUACAGAUAGAAACCAAUACAUUUCGUAGACUUUUGGCCUUGCUCGCUGCCAAUCCAGUGUAAAGAAUUUGCAUUCUUUUCAUCAGGAAUCUUGCGAAUAGAAGUAACAAAGGAGAAAAGUAAGCUAACAAGUAGUAGAUAUUAAAUAUGAAAUUCUUUGGACAGGGUGAAAUUAACGUCACAGAAAUGAUGACAUCGUGGACAAGUCAAAUGGGGUUCCCUGUUAUUUCCGUCAAGAGAGAAAACAAGAUACUGCACAUAGAACAGCAACACUUUCUUGUCCAUAGUAACGAUAAACAGCUAACAGCUUCUUCGUCUGACAGUCGGUAGGUGUGACCACUUGUUAAGUUUUGGUUGCUGCCACAAACAAAGUAAGGAGGGGCCCAGUUGGUGAAGUGGCGGGGCUUGCGUUAGAUUCCUGGAGUUGCCUUUGCAUUUAAGUUUAGUUAAUUGAAAGUUUUCUCUCGUCCUUGGUAUAAAAAGUUUCCUCGCCUUCUUACGUUUUCUUCCCUCGAGUUCAGGCUGUGGAUGGUUUCUUUUCCUCACGACCAGUUGUCUUCUGUUUUUACAGACCAAUGUGGGUAGUUCCAUUAACUUUCGUAACGCAGCAAUCUAAAAACAGGAGUUUGGUUUUGAUGAAGAAGAGAACGAUAGAAGGUAAUCAACCUGUCGACUGAUAUUCACAAAUCUCUUAGCUCAUUUACCAUUAGGUGGUAUACUACAGGAGAGAGCGGUGUCAUAAGAGUACAGUGAACCGUGAAACUCAUUUGACCGUUUGCAUCGCUGGAAACAGGGCUUUUUACAUCCACAGUCAGCAACCUAGUUAUUGAUAUCAAAACUGAUGAAAUAUCUUUUACCGCAUGCUCUCCAAACUCAGUUACCAGUCUCCUUAUUUAGUUCAAGUUUCUGGGAACCUACAAUACGUUUACAUAGAGGCUUGUUCAAUUUAACUUGUAAAGUAGUGUUAUACUUUUCCUGUGAAAUGGGAAAGAUAGAAUGUAUCUUCAACCAAUGUACAUUACCAAUUGAUAUUUUAGUUUUCGGUUUGUUUUCUUGCAGUUAAAUUAAGUCCAGACUUGAGUGAUAAAUCGUGGAUAAAAAUGAAUGCUGGACAAACUGGAUUCUACCGUGUGAAUUAUGAAAAAGAAAACUGGGACAAACUAGUUCGUUAUCUUCAUACUGAAGCCAAGGUACUAAUCGUUACUUCCGAGAUUUAUUUAAUUUGAGGGAGAUUGAUUAAAAACGGUGAUGGAAAAUGAAAUGAAAAAUGCUACCUUCGAAAAAAAAGAACAGGUUUUACACAAAGUCGGGGCUAACCCAGUUUUUUCCUUGAAGGAACCUGUCCCUCCAUAAUGAUGUGAGUUAACUCCUGUUCCUAUUUCGGUUGUUCUUUAUUGAGGUACUGCUAUUGUAUUUUGCUCAGGUAUUGAGUACCGUGGACCGCUCAGGUCUGUUAGACGAUGCUUUGAAUCUUGCUCGGUAAGUAACCCUUUUUCAAUUGCUUUUGGUUUGUAUUUUUAAGUGAUUGUCGAUAAGUUAGGAGAAGAGAAAGCAGUCUUUCAAUCAGAAAUGAGGAGAUCAGUUGCUAUGGUAACCUAGCCAUGGCUGACUUCAAGAACACAAAGACACUUGUGUGAAGAAUAAAUACUUUGAGGCCAAGAAUACAAAUUUAGGAAAUAGAUGGGUAAAGGGAAGGAAACGGCAAAGUUAUAAAGAUAUUUAAUAAACCGGCAUCUGCCGCUAAUGCACCCACCAUAUGGAUAUAAAGUGAAGCAUGAUGUUCCGCAAUGAUUUGACAGAGUGUGAAAGUUCUACUUUCCCCCUUUUUUUCAUGUUCACUGCUAGGAGCGGCAUGUUGGAUUAUGAAGUGGCCCUAAAUCUCACUUCGUACCUAACAAAAGAAAAAGAAUUUGUCCCGUGGAUGUCGGCGCUUAAUAACAUGGGUUACUUUGCCAUACAAUUUUCCACUUACGACUCUCUGAAAGGAUCAAGUGAUUAUUAUCCCACGUAUAAGGUAAUAGAAAUAAUUAUAUUUACAAUGUAUUUUUAGACAACAAUCAUAUGUGAGUUUUGAUGUUUAGUAAUAAUAUCAUUUCUGAAGGGUUAUCUCCAAAACCUAUGCUAAUUAAUGAGUGAAAACACAGUUUGUAACCAAAACGCUAAUAGGAGAGUUAUCUUGGACUUACCACACCUCAAAAAUCAGUGAUUCCAAUACUUCAAAUGACGUGAUUAAAAAUCAGCUGGCGGCGGGGGGGGCAGACCAGUCGGCUAUCUAUUGAGUGCAGAAGAGAAGUUGGACUCGGGAAAACCAAGAACAAAUCCACUGAUUGGCUUAAUGGAGAGGACUUGAUCAUCAGAUUUAGAUGUUAGUUCCAGUUCCCUAACCGCGCUGUACUUUAAGAACUAUAACGUCUCCACUAUGUCAGCAGACGUUUAUUAUUGGAUUGUUCUGUUACUUUUUAGAAAUAUGUCUCGUACCUGCUUCAUGAUAUUGCUGCUGAAUUGAGCUGGGAAGAAAAGGACGAUGAUCCACAUUUGAGGAGGUGUGUUACGCUGUACUUAUUUGCUGUAUUGUCCUCAAUCCGUUUUUCUCCUCCAUUUACAGAAAUCGUGCAAAGCUAUGAUAAACAUGCUUACAGUAACACGAGAAUAAAUGGCUCAAUAAAAGAAGGGAGUCGAAAAGAAUUUUUUGUGGUACCGUUUUCAUCUUAGAUAUCUUCGACCUGCUCUGUUGAAAAUGGCCGCCAUUUAUGAAGAUGUUCUUCCGGAAAGUAAACAGCGUUACACAACCAAAGCUAAGAAGUAUUUCAACGACUGGCUUGAUAAAGGCAAACCGUGAGUAUCUCUUGUAAUAGAAUAAAAUUACAAAACAAACCGGAUGAUAUGUUCAUUAAAUUUAACGACGUAAUGUGCUUUACUUACCUUUGGCAAAACUCGUGCAGCGUAUUCCAUGAAAUUGUUACCUAGGUUGUAUAUGGUAUAUACAACUUAUUGUUAUACGUAUAUACGGUAUACGGUCGUUCCGUACCCACGAUUGUUCCGUACCUCAUCGUUUUGUGCCCAAAUGCAGUAGAAUCGCAUCCAAACCGCUGAUCGAUUGAUAAAUGAAUAAAGGGGGUAAGUUUCUUAAGAAACUGUGAUGAUACGUCGGUGGCGGAGUAUAGCAGGUAAUUUAGUGUUAACAACUGAGUUGAAAACGUAAAUUGGCCAAAGAGUAAAAAAGCUGACGUUUCGAGCGUUAGCCCUUCGUCAGAGCUCUUACGAAGGGCUAACGCUCGAUACACUUGUUCCAAUUACCUCAGUCGCCAGCGCGUGAACAGAUAUCAUCGUUGUCUACGACAAGUUCGUAGAAUCAAGCGAGUAACAUAUAAACAAAAAAUAUAUUUUGUGUAGACUUGCGACCUUCUUAACAAAAGAAACUUGAUUACUGCCCAGCGCAAGACAAGUGUGAUAUUUUUAAUAGAGAGUCUAUUGCUCAUACUUGUGACUCUUUUUGCAAUGUAACAGCUCGUGUAGAUGUGAGAUCUUUUCUCCAAUUGUUAACUUUAUUAGUUUGGGUACGAAACGACUCAACUGACUGGGUACAAAACGACUGGUACGAAACGACCGUGGGUACGAGAUGACCAGUAACCGUGUAUACAUCGUUGACCAACUGUCCACUUUCCAAUAGCUUAGUGAAGGGGCUUGUCACCAACAAACAUGAAGGCCCUGGGUUCAAUUUUUCUCUAGUUAUAGCCAGCGUAACUGGCUGUUUGUUGGGCGCUCAAUGAGAAUUCAGGCGGUGGAGCCGCCAAGAACAACAGAUAAGCUCUAUAUUUUCACGUUCCAGACCUCUCAUGGCUUCAGCGUUCUUCAGUUUUCGCAGCUCCGACGAUCAACCCUUAAAAGAGGACUCGAAACCGCUGGCUACUCAGUUUACAUGCACAUUCGUUACAAAUGACCUGAACAUCUUUCUUUUCUACUUUACUUUCACUAUAGGAUUUCACCGAAUGUUCGUUACGCCAUCUACACGAUUGGAUUAAGAGUAGCAAAUGACUCUGUGUGGACGAAAGUUUUUUAUAGAUACCAGACUGAAACAGUCCCAUCGGAAAAGAAAAAGUUGAUGUACGCGCUCACAACUAGUCAGAACGAAGUCAUUUUAAAAAGGUAAGUGGUGAAAAAAUACCUCAAUUUGUGUUCAGAGAAUUUCAAAUAAAAUCCAUAUCCUAAUUUUGAGUGUUUUUCUUUGUUUUUUGUUUUCAUCAUUUUUCGUGUCUUUGUUAUUUGAUUGGUUGUUUGUUUGUUUGUUUUUUUUAUGGCGGCUAUUGGUAAGUAGGCGCGCUUAAGAGAUGGAAAACUAUCUGUGUGAGGGUCUGGAGCCAUCAAAGAAUUUUAUUUAAAUGUGAGUUUAGCGAUGACGAUGGUGAAGACGGUGAUGAUUAUGAGGACAACUUUAAAGAAAUUACAGCAAGCAGCUGUUGAAUCUCAUGAACUAAUAAACUUUUCUUUAUUUCAGAUUGUUGAAGUAUUCAUUGGAUGAAACUAAGAUUCGUUCCCAGGACUCCGUGUCUGUCAUAGAUUCAAUAGCCCGCAAUCCUCAGGGGAGUUUAUUAGCGUGGCAGUUUGUACAGGAUAAUUACCAUGAAUUGUACCAAAGGUAACCUGUAAUUGUUUGAAUUGUGAGUAUAAAAAGCAACUGAGACACCCAUUUUCUUACGCGUAGACCUCAUUUUGAUUGAUACGGUGAAGUUAGGCAUAUGGAAGUAAAUGUGAUUUUCUUUUCAAGAAUCGGAAGACCGUUCAAACAAAUAGUUUCCUAAUCUGAGUAAGUUUAAGUCUCUCCGCUCGAGAAACUUUGAGGGGAGGGGGAUGAUGGAAAUAACGUGUUAGGGGUGUCAGUGGUUUUCUGGUCCAGGUAUUUGUACACACACGUAGGCAAACAAAUGAAAGCCGAGAUUCCAGACCAACAAAGUUGACAGUAACUUUUUUGGUGAAAUCUCAAAGCAAGCUCGAGUUUUUUUUUUUCUAGUAAUAACUGAGCACGAUUUGUGUACGAUCUGUAUACCGACAAAAUUGUUUCAGAGCAAAAAACAACUGCUCAGGUCGAUUCCGCUUUGAUUUUUAAUCAUUGCUCAUUUUUCUCUAUUGAAUUUUCCCCUUACAGUAUCUUUGGUUACUUAAUAAAAUUGUUUCACCAUUCACUUUCAUUUACCUCCCUCGGCAGAUAUGGGGUCGGCUCUUUUGAUUUUAGUCGUUUGAUCACGUCGAACACCGCUCACUUUAACACAGAGGAAAUGAAAACCCAGGUGAGAAACAUUACCACUUCUAUGGAAAGUUGCCAUCAGAUGUGUCCAUUCAUUCUACUAUAUGGAAUAAAGAUUGUAAGAUCCUUUGAUAAUAUUCUUAACCUUAGAGAGUCACGUUGCAUCCAAUUCGCAAUUAUAAGGGAUGUAGUGGCCUAAUGUUCAGUGUGCAAGUGCGCUAGACUACGGGGCGAGUGUUCAGGGUUCGGGACCUGGCCGAAUGAUUGUCUCGUGUUGUUGGGCAAAACCCUUUAUUCUCACAGUUCCUCUCUCUCUCACUCCACCUAGGAGUAUAAAUGAGUGAAGCCUGAUUAAAUUCUGGGUAGAAGCCCUUGAUGGGCUGGCAUCCCAUCCAGGGGGGGAUGGUAGUACUUUUAGUCGCUUUAGUCAUGCUAUACAAACCGAGAUAAGCUCCGACUCGUUAUUAGGGGCCACUCGGCUCCACUACAGACUUCAAUUGUAAUUUGCUUCGAGUCGAGUGUUUCACGGUUUUAGUUUGAAACCACGCAGUUGAUUUGGAUUCGAGCGAACACAUAGCACAAGUUUGGGUUAAAAUCAACUGUUUAAUUUCAAACUUAACUCGCACCACAGUUUAAUGCCAUGUUAUUUCACCCAUUUUAUGUUUGUAUUUAUAGGUUAGCCAGUUUUUCGCGAAGGUUAACCAAGGAUCUGGGGAGAGGGCUGUUCGUCAAAGUCUGGAAAGUAUAGAAGGAAAUAUAAAAUGGAUGAAAGACCACGGACCUGCAGUGAAUAAAUGGUUGAAAAACUUUCUCCAUGAAAAAAACGUCAGCAAGUAG